GGUCUGGUUUGUGUGGCCGGAAGGACUGCAGUGUGUCGAGGACUGGUGUGGAGGUUCAUGUGCGUGUGAGAAAAGAGUUUCCCGAGCAGGGGAGGAGAGGAAAAUAGUCUUUCGCCAUUUUACUUUGCGACUUUAUCUUCAAUUGCGCUCGUUCACUCUUAAAUAAAGUCUCCUCGGUCGUCCAUGUUGUUUUGAGCGGAGUUUUCCCACGAAGAAACUUUGAAGGAGUCCCACCGAGCCAGGUUUGAGGAGGUAUAUGUCAAGAUGGCGCAGUGGAACCAGUUGCAGCAGCUGGAGACCAGAUAUCUGGAGCAGCUCUACCACUUGUACAGUGACAGCUUCCCCAUGGAGCUCCGGCAGUUUCUUGCCCCCUGGAUUGAGAGCCAAGACUGGGCGUACGCUGCCAAUACGGAGUCGCACGCUACACUGGUGUUCCACAACCUCCUUGGAGAGAUAGAUCAGCAGUAUAGCCGUUUCCUGCAGGAGAACAACGUGCUCUACCAGCAUAACCUGCGCAGGAUCAAACAGCAUCUGCAGAGCAAGUACUUGGAGAAGCCGAUGGAUAUUGCCCGCAUUGUUGCCCGCUGCUUGUGGGAGGAGCAAAGGCUCCUGCAGACUGCCACAACUGCUGCACAGGAUGGUCAAGCAGCUCAUCCCACUGGUACAGUAGUGACAGAGAAGCAGCAGAUCCUGGAGCACAACCUUCAAGACAUCAGGAAACGAGUGCAGGAUAUGGAACAGAAGAUGAAAAUGCUUGAGAACUUGCAGGAUGAUUUUGACUUCAAUUAUAAGACACUGAAAAGCCAAGGAGAGUUGUCCCAGGACCUUAACGGAAAUAGCCAGGCAGCUGCUACAAGACAGAAGAUGGCUCAGCUUGAACAGAUGCUGAGCGCUCUGGACCAGCUCAGGAGGCAAAUCGUGACAGAGAUGGGAGGCUUGCUGACCGCCAUGGAUUAUGUGCAGAAGAACCUGACAGAUGAAGAACUAGCAGACUGGAAGAGACGACAGCAAAUUGCUUGUAUUGGAGGUCCACCGAACAUCUGCCUCGAUCGCCUCGAGACAUGGAUCACAUCCUUGGCUGAGUCCCAGCUCCAGAUUCGUCAGCAGAUCAAGAAGUUGGAGGAGCUUCAGCAGAAAGUGUCCUACAAGGGAGACCCCAUCAUUCAGCACCGACCCGCCCUGGAGGAGAAGAUUGUGGACUUGUUCCGAAACCUAAUGAAGAGUGCUUUUGUGGUGGAAAGACAGCCCUGUAUGCCCAUGCAUCCAGACAGACCUCUGGUUAUUAAAACCGGAGUGCAGUUCACAAAUAAAGUCAGGUUACUUGUUAAGUUUCCUGAACUAAAUUACCAGCUGAAAAUUAAAGUUUGCAUUGACAAGGAAUCUGGUGAUGUGGCUGCAAUUCGAGGGUCACGGAAGUUUAACAUCCUCGGCACUAACACAAAAGUUAUGAACAUGGAGGAAUCGAACAAUGGCAGCCUGUCAGCAGAGUUUAAACACUUGACCCUGAGAGAACAGAGGUGCGGUAAUGGUGGCCGGACCAAUAGUGAUGCCUCUCUGAUCGUCACAGAGGAGCUGCAUCUUAUCACCUUUGACACAGAAGUCUAUCACCAAGGUCUGAAGAUCGAUCUGGAGACCCAUUCUCUGCCUGUGGUAGUCAUUUCAAACAUCUGCCAGAUGCCCAACGCCUGGGCCUCCAUCCUGUGGUACAACAUGCUCACUAACCACCCAAAGAACGUAAACUUCUUCACCAAGCCUCCAGUGGGAACAUGGGACCAGGUUGCUGAAGUGCUAAGCUGGCAAUUCUCCUCCACCACUAAGAGAGGCCUGACCAUUGAACAGCUCACCACACUGGCUGAGAAAUUACUAGGGCCUUGCGUCAACUACUCUGGCUGUCAGAUCACUUGGGCCAAGUUCUGUAAGGAAAAUAUGGCGGGUAAAGGCUUCUCCUUCUGGGUGUGGCUGGACAACAUCAUUGACUUGGUGAAGAAGUACAUCCUGGCCCUGUGGAAUGAGGGAUAUAUCAUGGGAUUCAUCAGUAAGGAGAGGGAGAGGGCCAUUCUGAGUCCAAAACCUCCUGGCACUUUUCUGCUGCGCUUCAGCGAGAGCAGCAAGGAGGGGGGCAUAACAUUCACAUGGGUGGAGAAAGACAUCAGUGGAAAGACCCAGAUCCAGUCGGUGGAGCCCUACACCAAGCAGCAGCUCAACAAUAUGUCCUUCGCCGACAUCAUCAUGGGCUACAAGAUUAUGGAUGCCACCAACAUCCUGGUUUCACCUCUUGUCUACCUCCACCCCGACAUCCCCAAAGAGGACGCGUUCGGGAAGUACUGCAGGCCGGAGACAGCUCCUGAACCUGAGAUACCAGGAGACUCGACAAGCACUAUUCAGCCAUACUUGAAGACAAAGUUCAUCUGCGUCACACCGUGUCCCUCCGUGUUCAUGGACUUGCCGGACAGUGACCUGCUUGGGAACGGAUUCCAUUGCACAAAUUCUGGAAACACCAGUGACCUGUUCCCCAUGUCGCCCCGCACCCUCGACUCUCUGAUGCACAAUGACGUUGAAGCUAAUCCAGGACAUAUGGAUUCGCUGACUCUAGACAUGGACGUAGCGUCGCCUAUGUGAAAGAUUUCUCUCAUUGUAAGGAGUUGAUGACUUCUCUUCCCUCCCUCUGUACACUUGUCCUGCCUGUACAGUUUGUUUCUUGUUUCUGUGUAAACUUUCACACAGUAGGGAAUUGGAAGAUCCUUUUAAAAAGGCAUUGCCAUUUUUCUUUAGCCUUUGACUGUACUUAGUGUGUGGAACUCUUGAUCGACACUGACCCACUCACUCGCCUUCCAUUCAGUACUUCCCCCUCUUCAUAGAUAUCUGGAAUUGUAUUUUUUUAAAACGUCGUACUGUGUGCGUCAUUGGCUCUUGAAGAUGGUUAUGAAAUCAAGUGUUUUUUUUCUUUGAAUAAGAAAUGUAAUGAGACUUAUUGUUGUAUAAGCUAUACCGCUUUAGAAAUGUAUGUAGAUGAAUUUAUUUUUGAUGCAUUUAAUUUGAUGCUUUUAUUUUGUCUUGUGUUUUUUGAUCCCUACCAAAUGUAAUAUGUCACAGUUGUUCCAAAAGACCUUGGUUGCACUUAAAACUUAAAACAAAAUUUUAUAUUUGUUCUAUUUCACAGAGCGUUUUAAAUUUGUUCCUACAUGGAAACACGAGGAGUUCAGAUACUUCAUUAGUUAUCUAGUCGUGUGUUUCUUCCACCGUAUUGUAUCGUGAGAAAUUACAUGAUAUGACUCAUAUAGUUGGUGAUCUGGAAACAAGUUUUUUGUCAUUCCCACUCAAAUACUGUAAUUUGUGAUCCAGGGGACUAUACUUGGUUUUGAAAUGAGCAUUCUUGUCUUUUUUUGUUUGGUUAAAUUCAUCUGAUAUAACCAGAUAUGUUAAGCAAAUGAUUUUACAAACGGUUUAUUUUAAAACCUAUCAUCAAAAGUAAUCGUGGAUAUUUGAGAAAAAUGUUUCACUUUAUCAAAGUGUACACAGUAGUGUUUUUCACACUGUUGAAUAAUUCCACACCACGACUCCCUAUUCAACCAAGAAAUGUCAACAGGUUUUCUCUAAACUAUGCUGUAACUCUUCAUGAUUUUACAGAUGGCAAUAAAAACAAGCUGGACCUGAAAGUUGUGUCCCCUCUUAUAAUAGGGGUUUUUCUGGUAAUUUUUUCUCACUCUUGUUGAGGACAGAGGAUGUCACACAUGUUAACCCCUUGAGACAAAUUGUGAUUUGUGAAUAUGGGCUAUAUAAAUAAAAUUUGAUUGAUGAUUGAAAGUA